AUGUCAUUUGCAUACAAGUUCCAUGUUUCUUGGAGUCACUUAUGGAAAGCACAGGUUAGCUUUUUGGGGUUUAUGCUAAUUUCUUGUUCCUCAUUUUUAUAUGAUCAAAAAGUCAACGGAAACCCAGACAUGUUUAGUUUGGUCUCAAGUGUUGCAUUUGCUAUAAUGUUCUUGAGUUUGUCAAGGCAAGUUGACUUUGGAUUCGAGGUAGAUCUCUUCAACUUCUUCCUUGGAUACUUUUUAGUUCAACUCAUGAAAAUUCACAUUGCUCUCAUUUUUUUGGGUGCUUCAAUAUGCUAUUUUUUCACGUGUCUUCGCUCUUACUUGGAUAACAAGCAACCACUGAAUGGGAGUAAUGUCGCCCAUUCAGUGGUGCAAAUCGCAUUGGAAAUUGAAGAUGGGAGAAAUACAGUAAAUAAAAAAGAAAAUUUAUAUUUGAUUCUUGGAAUAGAGGAGAAAAGAGAAGACAUGGUGAUUUUUCCCAUUGAUAUGGAAGAAAAGAUUCGGACGGCGAUUUUCGAAAAAGCAGGGUAUGAUGAAGAAUGCUACAAUGUAUACCUAACUUGGAGGAGACAAAUCCUUGCUGAGAAAAUGAGGAAGAUAGAUAUGCAAAAGCUUCUCAUAAAGGAGAUCAAAGGUGUUCCAUUAGAUUACUUGCAGAAAAAGAUUCAACGCUGGAUCAUGUCUUUUGAAUAUUCUAUCAGGAUUCUGUUCUCUGAAGAAAGGAAUCUAAGUAACUCUGUUUUUGUGGAGUGUUCUUCUAGUUCAAACUAUGCUGAUCUCUGUUUUAUGGAGCUAUGCAGGGCACCAAUGACUCUGCUACUAGAUUUCGCUAACGCAGUGGCGAACAGCGCAGGCUCGCCAUUGCGAUUGUUUAGGCUGCUCAAGGUAUUUGAGGCAUUGAAAGAAAUGUUACCUGAGAUUGAAACAUUGUUCUCUGAUGAAUGUGGCGGCGUGGCAAUAAGGGACGAAGCGAUUGGAAUCUUGGCAAGGUUGAGGGAAGCAAUCAGAAGUGUUUUCGCCGAUUUGGAGACUCUGAUAUGCAAGAAUGAAAUUUCAGUUGGGAUUGUUAAUGGUGGAGGGAUUCAUCCAAUCACUUAUUAUGUAAUGAACUACCUUGGUGCUGCUUGUAAAUCUUUGAUGACAUUGGAGCAGGUUUUUGAGAACAAUAACAAUAAUCAUGGAGUGGAAUUUUAUUUGGCUAGGAUUUUGUUGUUGUUGGAGCAGAGUUUGAAGGCUAAAUCAAAAGAAAUGUACAAGGAUUCAACUUUAGGGUUAGUUUUCUUGAUGAACAAUUACACCUACAUGGUUAACUGUGUGAAACAUAGUAAACUAGGAGAGUUGUUAGGUGAAAAUUGGAUCAAGAAUCACAUUGUAGCAAAAUUUCGCCAAUGUUUUAAAAUUUACAAAGCAAAUUCAUGGGAUCAAGUAUUCAGAGGGAAGCUUAUUAGUGAGUUUGUGUUGAAGUUUGUGGAGAUAUGUGAUGUGCAAUCAUGUUGGAUUAUCUUUGAUGAUCACCUAAGAAGGAAAAUUAGAAAUAACUUGAAAGAAACAUUGUUGGCAAGGUUCAAAAGUGUUAUAGAAGGGUCACAAGAAAACAUUAAUAUUUGUGGUGACUUUGGGUUUGGGGUCAGAGAUAUUGUGGCUGGAAUAGACAAGUUGUUUAAGGGAAGAGAUGAGCUCAAAAAUCACAGGUAA